UCGCUCGUGGACCAGGUGGCCUGCAGCCAGACAAACACACAGAGAGAGAGAGAGAGAGAGAGAGAGACACCGACACAGACAGAGAGAGAGAGAGAGGAAGUCCGUACUGAACUCCCUCCUGCAGAAACCCUUCUAAAGCGUUAAGAGCAGCCAACGCCGUGAUGAGCGGUAGUUUGAGCGUUAGGAAAGGUUAGUUUUCACUGUUUAUUGAACGUUGAGGUGAAAUACUUGUUUUCUGCGCCGCGUCGUUUAGACUGAAAGUGAAGGCGGAGCGACCAUGGACCCAGAUGUGUCGGACAGUGAGCCAGAGGACAGGCCGGAGAUGGAGCCGAAGGACGCUCACCUGCCUCCGGCUGAUGACGCAGUGGAACAGGGGAAGGACGCUCGGGUUCCCUGGUCGUGCGCCGUGGUCCUCGACCGCCUCUCGCCCGACGACGAGAGCGCCGCCAGAGACCUGGAGGAGCGCGAGGAGAUGAGCCGCAGGGGGGGCAAGACGCUGGUCUCCCGGAUCCCCACCUUCCAGAACAGCCUGGGCAAGAAGCGGCCCCCCGGGGGGGGGGGCCCCAGCGCCGAGUCGCCCCUCCCCAGGAAGGACCCCCCCUCCGCCGACGUGCCGAAGUCGAAGCUCCCCGGGGCGCGGGAGACCGCCGCCGCCCCCCACCACCAUCAGCCAAUCAGCACCCUGCUACCCAGGUCGGCCGCGGCGGAGCGGGCCCCGACGCCGCCCGCCGAGGGCCCCAGGGCCUCGGAGCCGUACCAGUACCUGACCCUGACGCCGCGCCCCGUCCUGAGGGCGGCCCCCCGGGUGCCGGAGGUCACCCCGGAGCCCGCCCCGGAGCCGGAGGAGGGGCGGGGCCUCCGGGACGGAGACACGCAGGCCCCACGGGAGGGGGUGACCCCCGCCCCCAGAGAGCUGUGGGACUCGCAUCGCAUCGCAGACGAGCUGCCGCCGUGGGGGUCGGAGCCCUGGCAGGACGACCCGGCGCUGGAGGAACCGGAGGGGGGGGAACCAGAGGUCCAGCACCCUCCGCCGGUCAAAGACCCUCCGCCGGUCAAAGACCCUCAGCUGGUCAAAGACCCUCAGCCCGUCAAAGACCCUCAGCCGCUCCGAGACUCCGAGGCGGCCCGAGACGCCGAGGCCGAGAAGCCCGCCCCGCGGACUCCGUCCGAGGCGGCUGCGGAGAACGGGAGCGGGCGCCGACAGCGCGGCCCCCAGGGGGAGGGCCUCCGCCGGCGGGCCGCCCCGGCGGAGGUCCGGUGUGAGCUGCACCAAGCCACCAAACCCCCGGCUGAGACCCAGAGGAAGAGGCCCGCGGCCGCCGAGCCGAGCCGCCCCACGGCCAAGAGGUCCGGCUGCUGCAGCCUGGUCGUGUUCUGCCUGCUGCCCGCCGCCCUGCUGCUGGUGGGGGGCCUGGGGCAGCACGCCUGGCGCCACGGCCUGCCCCGCUCCACGGACCACCUGCUGGCCCAGCUGGAGAUGCACCGCCAAGAGGGCCUGGAGGGCUGGGGCCUGGCCGGGGAGCCCUGCAGCGCAGACUGCAGCGUGCGUCUGGUGGAGAGCGUCCCCGUGGGUCUGUACCCCUCCGGCCCCCCCGGCCCCCUGCCCAGCGUCUCCGAGGGCUGGCUGCGUCUGCUGGGCCGGGCCAGCGGCUCGCUGUCCAUCGCGGGGUUCUACGUGACGCUGAGGGACCACGAGGACCACCCCGACCCCACUGACGCCCAGGGGCGGGAGGUGUUCCAGGAGCUGAGCCGGCUCCCGGCCAGAGGGGUGCGUCUGCAGGUUGCCGUCAACGCGCCUCAGAGCUCCGCCGUGGACACGGCCGCCCUGGCCGCCGCCGGGGCGGAGGUGAGGGAGGUGGACCUCCAGGCCGUGACGGGGGGCAUCCUGCACACCAAGCUGUGGGUGGUGGACACGCAGCACCUCUACCUGGGCAGCGCCAACAUGGACUGGCGCUCCCUCAGCCAGGUGAAGGAGGUGGGCGUGUCCGUGGAGGACUGCAGCUGCCUGGCCCGGGACGCCGCGCGUAUCUUCGGGGUCUACUGGAGCUUGGGGGCGGAGAAAAACGUCUCGCUGCCGCCCUAUUGGCCGGCCCGCCUCUCGGCUCUGUCCAGCGCCCAGCAGCCGCUGAACCUGAGCCUCAACGGCGUGCCUGCACGCGUCUAUCUGUCUAGUGCUCCGCCCCAGAUCGCAGCCCGCGGCCGCACAGACGACCUGUGGGCCAUCCUGUCCGUCAUCUCCGACGCCCGCCGCUUCGUCCACGUCUCCGUCAUGGACUUCCUCCCGUCCUCCCAGUUCUCUGUGCCGGGCCGGUUCUGGCCCGCCAUCGACUCGGCGCUGCGUGAGGCGGCGUGUAUGCGCGGCGUGGAGGUCAGGCUGCUGGUGAGCUGCUGGCCGCAGUCGCCGCCCGCCAUGUUCGUCUUCCUGCAGUCGCUGAGCGUCCUGGGCCGCCCGCCGCUCGGCUGUCGCGUCCACGUGAAAGUGUUCACCGUGCCCUCGACGCCCGAGCAGAUGAAGAUCCCCUACGCUCGCGUCAACCACGCCAAGUACAUGGUGACGGAUCGCGUGGCCUACAUAGGUACGUCCAACUGGUCGGAGGACUACUUUGUGCAGACGGCGGGCGUGGGGCUGGUGGUGAACCAGACGGGCUCGGCCGUGGGCCCCGGCCAGGCCACCCUGCAGGGGCAGCUGGACGGGGUGUUCAACCGGGACUGGACGUCCUCGUACGCCAGCGCGCUCCCCGACGACCGGACAGACGUCUGUCCGCUGCUCCGCCACUGAUGACCGGACAGACGUCUGUCCACUGAGCAGACGACCGGACAGCCUUCCAUCAUAACGCCUUUCUUACUGCAUACUUUGAAACCUAUCGAACACUUGGCAUUACUUGCUGACUUUUUAUUUACCGUUUACAAAUGUUUUCUUGAAGAUAUCAGCAAUAUGGAAGUGUUUGAAAUCCAAUUGGUAAGGAAUAUUUUUUAUAAUGCCUGGCGCAUUUUGUAUAUUUGCUUAUUGUUUGCAAAAGAAUCUGUACAAGGUUAUGCUUGAAAAAUAAAAGGCUGGACAAGC